AGCCAAUCAGAGAGCAGAACGCAGCUGUCGCGUAUUUUGAACUGCGAGGAAGAAGCAACGGACUGUUUGGAGAGCAGACAGACGGGGACACUCCACUCGUGUUUUUUCCAAGUUUCUGUUGUUUUUGGUCUGUUUACUAAGUCUGAGGCUCAGUGUGGAAUUAAAACAUGAGGAGGAGGUAAGAUUAAAUCGUUCUUUUCCGGACAUGGAGACAUAUUUUGUGAAACUACAUUGAAUAUUAGCUGAAUGGGGUCGUCGAGGAUCGUUAACCUUUCAUUCACUUUGACAGCAGCGGGUAGUUAACUCUUAAAGUUGUAGUUAUCUCAGUCUAAUGAGUGAAUUUAAUGUAUUUAAUGAAUUUUAAAACUUUUUAGUUAACUUAGAAGCCUGAUAAAGUGUUUGAUGGUGUCUGCUGUUCGGCUGUAUGUUUCCACAGUGAGGUGCUGGCAGCAGAGGCGGUGUCCUGCCUGAAUAAAGCUCUGAUCCACCUGAAGGACAUCUGGGAGGAGAUCGGGAUCCCGGAGGACCAGAGACUACAGAGGACUAAUGUUGUCAAGAACCACAUCAAGGUGAGACCAUCAGGAGGACAUUUGACUUUUGGGCAGAUUAGUGCAAACGUGUGGGUGCAUGCUGGUUUUAUAAUAAUAAUAAAAAUAAUAAUAAUAAUAACAAACGUGAUUUAUGUUGAACCUUUCAAGAAUUAACCCUGUAAUUUACGAGUGACCAUCUUCAGUUACCUUCUAGUCAUCAGUCUCACAUCACUUUUAGAGGUCUGAAACUAUGGAAAGAUCUGGAUGUAUCUCUAAAAUCAAUAUCAUCCCUCAAGUCCUUUAAAAUAUCAUUAAAAUCUCAUCUGAUCGUGUCUUUAACACAUCAUUAUUUGUUAUGAUCAUGUUUCUUUCCUUUUUAUGAAUGUUUGAUAAUGGCAAUUUGUAUCUGUUUGACCUUUCCCUAAUCAUGGUAUAUUUGUAACCUGUCUAUGUCCGAGUUACUUUGUCGUCUGCACCUUAUGCUUCCUCUGCCCUGACGGGAAUGGAACUUUGUAUAAACGUAUUGGCUUCAAUACAAAUACAUUAGAUAGAAUAGUUGACAGUGUCUGCACAUGUAUAAUACUUAUGUGUUUCCCUGUUUGUUUACCAGAACUUGCUAGAAAUGAUGAUCAAAGAGGAGGAGGCUCUAAGGAAGAGGCUGAUAAGCAGCAUUGAAACCUGCCGAGCAGAGAUGGAGAAGCUUUGCCUGGAUCUCCAGCUGCCUCUGUUUGAGGUAAAACAGGUUUUCAGGAGAAUCUUUCUGUUACUGUUGUUCUGAAUUUACCCGCUCAUGUCUGUUUCUUUAAAAGUUCUUUUCCACUCUUGGAGCAGUAGUCCAAAGAAAAAACCUGAGACAGUGGUUUUGUUGUCUCCUGUCUAUGUUCAGGAGGAGAGCGGUAUCAGCAUGCUCCAGCGGGAGAAGAACAUCCGCACACAGGUGGAGGCUCUGAUGAAGGAGAAGAACCAGCGGAUGCAGCAGCUAAAGGCUCUUCUAGACCAGGACCAGGACCUGUGUGACAUCCUCUGCUCCAUGUCUUAUGGUAUCGCACCGGACUCCGUCCCCUCAGUGGAACAGCUGGAGAACUUCCGGCAGCACAUCGCCAACCAGAACGAAGAGAAGGUGGGCUGGAUUAUCUGCUCUUCUGGUUUGAUAAAGUUCAUAUUUUCAGCUCACGUUUAAAGGAUUUUUACAUCAAUAUGAUUGAAAUGAAUCUGCUGUAUUUGAGUUUGAAGUCCAUCAGAUGGCUCUAAGGUCUUAGUAGCUCUUGUUGACUAACAUUUUUGUAUUUGAGGCAAGUAGGAACUUUUGGGAGUGAAAAUAUGAAUUGAAAAAGGUUAGUCAUACAUCUCAGGGCUGUUAUACGGAUCGCCCUCUUUCCAUAUGAUCAUAUUUGAGCUAUAUUAGAGUCUUGGUGUCAUUUUUAGAAAGUUAAACAGAUGAUGGAAUGACCAGCCUUAGUGUUGUUCUGCAGCGAAACACUGAAAAAUGUGGAUUAUUAAUAAAACAAACUUUCUUACCUGGCUUAUAUGAGAACAAAAAAAAAGUCAUUCAAAGGUCGACAAAGUGACUGCACGGAUUUGAAGAUGUUUUGCUUCUCAUGUUUCAGGCGAGGCGUUACGCUGAGUUCACAGAAAUUAAAAAGCAGAUCAUCUUACACAUGGAGGAGCUGGACCACAUCCCUGAGACCAGCUUUGAGAAGGACGUGGUCUGUGAGGACGAGGACUCUUUCUGUCUCUCCAGAGACAACAUCACUUCACUCAAACUGCUCCUCUGUCAGGUGAGGGUUUUGGAUUUAGUGAGAUUAUAAAUCCUUGUGAUAAACUUCUUGGUCCGAGAGCUGACCAGCUGAUUUUUUUAUGCUAUAUUCAGUCCGAUCCAACGUGUGAAAUAAACAGUUUUAAGUUUGACUGAGAUGGUUCACAGUCACAGCUCAGGCAGCAGAGAUUGAGCAGAGAUAAUCAGUGACGGCGUUUUCAUUCCACAGCUGGAAGAGCGAAAAGCCGAGAACGAGGCGAGGUGUGAAAGUCACAGGGAGAAGAUUCAGCAGCUGUGGGACAGACUGCAGGUCCCUCAGGAGGAAAGGGCAGCCUUCAACGAACACAUGGUCACAUCCAGGAGGAGGAACCUAGAAGCGGUGAGAGCAAACUCGCCACCUGUGCUCCUGAUUUCACCCACAGUUAUUCUCCCAGUUUCACACUUUUCUGGUCUUUUCUCAGUUACGAGCAGAAGUUCAGCGUCUGGAGGAGCUCAAACUGCUCAACAUCCGAAAUGUUACAGACGCCAUCCGCUCUGAGAUCGCUGUAUUCUGGGAAAAGUGUUUCUUCAGUAUCGACCAGAGGCAGGAUUUUUCACCGUACUUUAGCGGUAGGUUCAUUUGUUCGUCAUCUCAGCUGUUUAAAUCUCUAAGAACACGUCGCGUGUCAGGUGUACUGAGACAUCUAUCAUCUGAUUUUAGAGGAUUUUACUGAAGAGCUGCUGAGUCUGCACGAUGCUGAGAUCCAGCGCUUGAAGCAGCACUACGAAGAUCACAAGGAGCUUUUCGACGGAGUUCAUCAGUGGGAGGAGAGCUGGAGACUCUUCCUGGAGUUGGAGGUGUGUACGCUCUGAGACGAAAAGAAAUGAGUAAACAUCUGAAGCUUUAUUGUGGCACAAACUAAGAGCUAUAACAGCAUGGAUUCACUUUUUUUUAACAUUUUUUUAACCUUCUUAUCCCAAGAAAAAAGCUACUGAUCCGACUCGGUUCACUAACAGAGGAGGAAACCUUCUCAAAGAGGAGAAGCAGAGGUCCGAGCUCCUGAAGAGCCUGCCCAAGGUCAGAUAUCAACAUAGAUCAUGAAGUCCUAGCACUAAACUUAUUUUUCUUUACAGUAACUAACUGAUAUGUGUGUAUGUGUCGUUUCUCCUCAGUUGGAGAAGAAGCUGAAAUCUCAGAUCGACACGUGGGAAAGUGAACAGGGUCGCGAGUUUCUGGUGAAUGGACAGAAGUUCCUGCAGUACGUGGAGGAACAGUGGGAGCUGCACAGAGUAGAGAAGGAGAGGGAGAAGCAGGAGCGGGUAAAGCAGAGAGCUUGUUGAAUUAUCAGCUGAUCCUGUUUGUUGUCUGAGGAACACGCUGACACAUCUCUGUGCAAACUCCAAACAGCAUCUGAAGAAGAGCAAACAGACAGAGGUGGACAUGCUGUACGGAACCACGGUGCAGACUCCCACCAAACGCAGGUUCCUCGGCACCACCACCCCGAGCAAAACACGCAAGGUACAAACCCGCUCUGUUUCUUACAUGUAUCGGGUUUGAUACUAAAUCAUUCGUAGGUCGUCUGGCUCUUUGGGCUCUAACCAUCUUUACUCUUCUGUCAGUUUAACGCCACUUCCAGCAUCUCUAGCGCCACCUCUAACAGCACCAUGCGCUCUGCCUUUGGUGGAACCGUCUGCCGCUCGCCUGUGCCCCGUCCACCGCUUUCAGUGAACAAGGUUGGUAACGCCUUCAACGUGUUAAUUCGACAACCAUCCGUGUCGAUGAAUCAAAAGCUCAGAUUAUCCCAGUCGCUCUUUCUUGGGAGAGUUCUUUUUGCAGUUAGUUUUUUUCUUCUCUAACCGGUACUCAAACAUCUGAACACUAUCCUUCUCUUGUCUUGAACUCACUGGGAUUGGUCAGGAAAGUGAGGCGUACUGCUGCUGAACUCAGCCGUCUACUCUCCAGCUCUGAUUGUGUUGGAUAGAGAUCUCUGGACAAAGUUGUUUCCUUGAGAAAACUUAACAGAAACUCGUCAUACUCACGUUUCAAACACCUAUAGAGGAGUUCUAUAUGAUUUGCAGCUCUAAAAACUCCUCAUCUAUCUUAGACUGAAAUCUGUGAAGCUCCCCAUUAUGUGUUUUAUAACCUCUUGUUAGCUAAGGCUCUCCUUCACAACCAAAUGAUAGUAAAAAUUAUGAUUAUUAUUAUUAUGAGCCACUUUUUGGCACACAAAUCACAGAUCAAUGUUUCUCCUGAAUUAAUUUGUGAUCCAUUAAACAAAGGGGAAGGUAAGACGCCCAGUUCAGUCUUCAGCUCUGAAACUCUGAUGCGAGUCCCAUGUUUGUCCCUCAGGCUCCAGCACCACGAACGCCGGGCAGUAAGCCCCCCCACCCACGACUGCAAGGCUGCAACAAGGAGAACGAGCUCCGGCUGAAGGGGUCCCCUCUGAGCGGUGGGUUGCUGAGCGCCGCUAGUCCACAGCGUAACUUCAGCAUGACCUCUGUUGCCAGCACAUAUUCCGAGUUUGUGGUAAUUGAAAGUUUUGUGUUUCCUCUCUCCUCUCCGCACGAUUGUCUCGUUUCUGUGCAGUUACUGAUUGACGUUGACUGUAGACGUCUCAGAUGAUGAUCUAAUGACCUAAAUUUAUAUUUUAGAGGGACUUGGUCAACACUGAAUCGGUUCAGUCAAGGUGUGGGGGUUUGGAAUCCGUACAGCUAAGUGUUAAUGUGACUAAUCCCUCUAUUACCCCUUUACCGCAGUAACUGCACGGCUUCAAUCAAGAGUAAUUUUAACCUGAAUUACCUGAAGGAUGUUUUUAGUCUGAAGAAAAUCAGUCCUACACUGGCAUCAAGAUUAAUUUAGGAGCCAGCAAAGCCAUGUGAACACGUCCAGUCCAGUUCAGUUCAGAUCAGAAGUUGUGGGUUGUACAACAGCAGCACUAAAAUUAAUGUUGCUUUAAUUUGCAUGAAAGUACAGAACUUUUUGUUCUUACUGUAAUUAUUACUGAAACAUUUACUGCAAGUUUAGUUUAAAUUAAAUAAUCAGAUCUUACAAAAGAUGAUGAGGGCCACAAGAAGAGAAAAAGAUAAUUACAGGAGGGAGAUUUUUUUAAUCUCAAAAUUUUGACAUUAUUCACCACAUUUCAUAAUCUCGAAAUUUCAAGUUUGUUGACAUCAUUUCUUUUUUUCUUUUUUUUUUAAUCUCGAAAUUUCGACUUUAAUCUCCCUCCUGUAAUUAUUGAUUAUAUGUGGCCCUAAUCCUCUUCUGUAGAUCUGAACCGUCUCUCUGUUUGUCGUGAGUUUUACUGUUUAGUAACAGGUCCUCCAGUUGAGUGCAGGUUCUGUUUUGUUUUUGGUGGUUGCUGUAGGAGGAGACAGUAUAAGUUUGAUUUGAUAACGCUUCACCAAAAUGAAAAAAAUGUCACCCUUUCACCGUAAAAAUCUUUUCACUCUCACUAACAGCCUUCCUGGUUCGUCAUUUCUUAGUGCUCUUUUUCUACUUUACUUUUUUUGUCACGUUAAACUCUAGUUUUCAAUCUUAACGUCUUCCUCUUUGUUUCCACAGCGAGACCUGUCCAAAGCCUCCAACGCCAAAAUCCAGCACGACAUCCUGAACUCCACCAGCACCAACCUUUGACCUCUCCACUCUUAGGGUCACUGCGGCAGACACCAUCAUAACUCAGUCCAUUUAUAAUCAAGUCCUGACCCCCUUUAAUGCGGUCCUCUACUUCCCACUGCUCCCUGCUUUUAAGUGUAAAUGAAGGUAAUAAUAUAUAAAGUGUUGAGUUGGUCGUCACUCUGUCUAUGAGGGUAAAAGAGGUUCGUAUCAUAAAUAAAACUAACACUACUUCGGCUCUCUAAAUGUACUGAGGCGCAUGUAAAUGAAAAAAAGUGACAAAAUAACUUAUAUUGUUUUCUGAAGUUAUGCAAUCCGGAGUUACAGG